AUGGCGAAGGAUUGCCCUCAUAGGAGGACUCCGAAUGUGGGCCAAAACCAGCAAGGUCGAAUGUUUGCUGUGAACUCCCAGGAUGCUGCAAAGUCAGAUCUGUUGAUGAGAGGUAACUGUUUAUUUGGUGAGGAAAUAUUGGUUGCAUUAUAUGAUACUGGAGCUUUGCAUUCGUUUAUUAUAUUAGAUAAAGUUGAGGAACUAGGAUUGAAAGUAUCAGAAUUAGCAUUUGAUUUGCAUGUGCAUACCCUGUAUCAGACGGUUGUGACUAGGUCAGGUUGUAGGCAAAUAGCUUUAAAGAUUGAGGAUAGAGACUUUGUUCAUGAUUUGAUUUGUUUGCUAAUGGUUGGGUUGGAGAUGAUUUUGGGGUUUGAUUGGUUGUCAAAGAAUUGGGUUUUGUUGGAAUGCUUUAAACGAUCAAUUCGGUUUUUGCCAGAAAGAGAAUGUGAAGUAGUGGUAGCUGAGGGUUCUUACUUGAACUCUGUGUCGGUGAACUAUAGUGGAGAAGAGUGUCAGGGUUAUUAUAUUGUUGGCUGCGAAUGCACCGGUGUCAAUUGCACUGUACCAAAUGGCUCCGAUAGGCUGGCAGAACUUAAGACUCAGUUGGAAGAGCUUCUGAACAAGAGGUUCAUUCGACCAAGUAACAAGUAUCCGUUGCCUAGGAUAGAUGACCUCAUGGAUCAGUUGCAAGGAGCUAAAGUAUUUUCAAAAAUUGAUUUAAGAUCUGGUUAUCAUCAGAUUAGGGUGAAGGAGGAUGACAUUUUGAAAACUACGUUUAAGAUGCACUAUGGACACUACGAGUUUGCGGUGAUGUCCUUUGGGUUGACGAAUACAUCUGCUGUGUUCAUGGAUUACAUGAACAAAGUAUUUCGUCCCUUUUUGGACAAAUUCGUGGUAGUAUUCAUAGAUGACAUUUUGGUUUAUUUUAAGACGGAGAAGGAGCACGAAGAGCAUAUGAGGAUUGUGUUACAAGUUCUGAAGGAGCGAAAAUUCUAUGCUAAGUUGUCCAAAUGUGAAUUCUGGAAGGAAGAAGAGAAGUUCUUAGGUCACAUGGUGAAUAAAUGA